CUCAGAGCAGCGGCAUGGGAUGAACAUACUUCUGUAGCUUGUGUCUGUCACACGUUAAUUAUCUUCUGACUUACUUACAUCAGAACCAAAGUGAUGGCAUUAGCAAAAAGAAGGAGCAACGAGGAACCUGCCUGCGUGAGUUUACUCCGUCACUCCCACUACGGGGAAAGUGAAAGGAAGGAUGUGGACAGAGGUGGGGGAGAUAAGUUAGAGGAGUUCAGUGGUUUCAAAGAUAAAGAGGAGGAACGAGGCACUGAUGAUGAAGGAAAUGACUUCUCAACUCUGGAAGAAACAUCAAUCAGCAAGGAGCAGAAGACUUCCAGCCUGCCGCAGCCGCCCAUCAGGGGCAUGAGCGCGGAGGAGACGGGCCGGCUGCGCGCCCUCUUCCGCGCGUACGACGUCGACAAAUCGGGACGGAUUGACAGAAACGAGUUCGUCGCCAUCUGCGCGGAGCUGCAGGUGUCCGCGGCGGAGGCGGACACCAUCUUUAAACGUCUGGACGCGGAUCAGGACGGAACUGUGACCCUGAAGGAGUUCCUCUGCGGCUUUAAGGACAUGGACCCUGCAGCAGGAGACGCGUCCAUCGCCUGGGGAAACUUCCAGAGGAGGCUGGGCGAGCUGGCCAAGUACAUCCCGAGGCACGAGCAGGCCGUCACGUUGUACCAGAACAUCAGCCUGACUGAGCCCAGACUGAUUCCCCAGUUUGAGAAAGUCAUCAUUAACUUUACCAGAGAGAUCAAACAGCAGAACUCAGAGAUGGAGAACCUGGCGCUCGCCAUCAAACGAGCACAGGAUCAAGCGUCGAUGCAGCUCAGUGAGAUGGAGGAGGAGAUGGACCAACGGAUAGAAUCUGCAGAGAGGAAAGCCCGAGAGCAGGAGAAGAAGCAAACAGAAUCCGCCCUGAAUGAAUUACGGAGAAGUUAUGAGACAGAAGUGUGUGAGCUGCAGUGUAAGAUCCAGAGGAUGCAGAUGAUUGAGGAGAAAUACAAAACCAUCACAGUGAAAGAUGAGGGCACCGCUCUGAAGAAGAAGAUCAACGAGCUAACGCUGGAAAACCAGAGAUUAAAACAGGAGCUGCUGAAGUCUCAGACCAAUGUUGCAUGCUUACAGAGCGAUAUGGACUCUCUGAAGACGGAGCUAACAGACCAAAGCAUCAAUUCAGAACGAGACGAGGAGCUCAUGAAGCAUUUCUCAGAUGAGCGAGACAUCCUGGAGAGUCAGAUCGAGAUCUUGAAGAUGGCCAACAGGAAGCUCCACGACAGCAACGACGGGCUGAGAGCUGCUCUGGAGAGGAUCACACGGUCUGGUUCAAGCGGAUCAUCGGAAGGAAUCAAGGAUAGAAACAGGAGUAAAAGCAUCUGCUACACGUCUCAGUACGCACUGCUAGACAGACUGAGUCAGUGUUUGGACGAUUUCCCGCUCUACAACCGCCGGCCCAGCUGUGAAACUCUGGCUUUGGCCAUUUGUGACCCCGGCCUGAGGCGCAGACACGGCAGCGAGUGUGAGGAGGACAGCCUCCCUGAGAUCUACAUGGACAGCGGCCUGUCAACGCUCAGAGGCUCUCACGGAGGCUACGACUCAGAGCAGGAAGGCAAGGCUCAGGAGGAGGAGGAGGAGGAGGAAGAGGAGGAACAGAGGAGGAAGGUUCAGGACAACAACAGUAGCAUCCUGGAAGAAAACUCUGACACCGAGCCUGCAGAAACACAAGACGGAGAAUCAGCGUUCGGGUCGGACACCAGCUCGGUUCUGGACUGGAAACCCAGUGACUCACUAGGUUUGAUCACUCCUCCCGCCCAGACCACUAAGAAAGCAAUCAGUGCCAUCAGCGUUCAGAACGAGGACAAGGAGAGCGCUGACCUUGGCUACAUGACCUCGGAGAAGGCCUACAGGAUCGUGUUAGCAGGAGAUGCGGCGGUGGGAAAGUCCAGCUUCCUGCUUCGUCUCUGCAAGAACGAAUUCAAACUGAACACCAGUGCGACUCUGGGAGUGGACUUCCAGAUGAAGACAUUUAUUGUAGACGGAGAGCCGGUUUUGCUACAGUUAUGGGACACGGCAGGACAGGAGAGGUUUCGCAGCAUCGCCAAGUCUUACUUCCGACGCGCCGACGGCGUGUUGCUCCUGUAUGAUGUCACCUGUGAGAAAAGCUUCCUCAACAUCAGAGAGUGGGUGGAUAUGAUCGAGGACGUGUCCCAGGACGACAUUCCCAUCAUGCUUGUGGGUAAUAAGUGUGAUCUCAGACAGGAUCAGGUGGAGUCUGUUCCUACUAGCUACGGAGAAAAGCUCGCCAUGACAUACAACACUCUGUUCUGUGAAACCAGUGCUAAAGAUGGGUCCAACAUCCUGGAGGCAGUGCUGCACCUGGCCAGGCUGGUGAAGAAGCAUGCAGCGUUGGAGGCGAGAAAAACUCCGCCCCUGCCGAGUUUAGACGCUCCUACAAAUAAAACUAAACUGUCCUGCUGCACCUGAUCCAACUCCUCCCAUCUGGAGCGCCACACCGAACUCGUUACGAGCUGAAUAAGGAACACAAAAUCAGAAACGUGACAGAAACAGCUGCAGGAACGCGAGAGACAUGAGAUUAUCAUUUUAAAUGGGUAAAUCAGUAAAAACGUCAUGCUCUGUGGAUGAUGUUUUAAUUCAUGCUAAUUUUUCCAGAUGUUGCUGAUUAAUUUUCUAGUAUUCAAACAUUUUUUCCCUCAGUGACAAACUUGUUUUCAUGCAAGCAAUUCAUGAAAAGAAAUCUGCAGCUGUGAAGGAGUAAACUGGGUUAAAAGUGGAUUAUCUGUUUGCACAUUGAGGAAUUCAGAAUGUUGUUUUUGAUUUAGGAGUCAGGUUUUUAUUACAUGUGAAACUCUGAUUGCCCAAAAUAAUAGUCAGAGAAAUAUGGAGAAACGUCGAGUCAUGAAUGUUCACACUCUCUUUGUUCUAAAACCACAACAGUGUUACAUUUAUCCUUUUCUUCUCAUAAUUUAUACUUUUGGCACAUUUAUCAGAUCUUUUCUGUCUCCUAAGUUUCAAAACUGAUUUUAUCCUCUAUUAUAAGUGACACAUGUAAAGUAUUCUGUUUAGUUUGAAAUUAGGAAUCUGUUUUGCUAUUUUGAGAUUCUGUUAUGAAAAUAAAUAACUUGUUCCAUGUUA